UCUGGGGGUCUCCGGGGGCGGCCGUCCCUGGUUCCCAGGCUGAGCUCUUGUGAUCUCACAGGGAGGGGCUGAUCCGGGAGGAGGAAGCUCUCAGCCCGGGCAGCGAUCCUCAGACUCCGGGAGCUCUCAGGCUGCAGGGUGGACGCUCACAUGGAGACCUAUACAGCCCUGGAGCGGCUGCUGACGGAGCUGGAGGAUUUCCUGAACAUCCUGGAUAAGGAGAACCUCAGCAGUGCGGCCAUCCUGAAGAAAUGCCUGCUGGCCGAGAUCCUGCAGAUGUGCCUCAAGAACAACAGCGGUGGAGACGAGGAGUAUAUCUACAUGAACAAGGUGGUGGCUCCUGACACGGACACCGCAAUGAAACCGGAAUCUGCUGACAGGACGGACCUUCCAGCCAAAGAUGCGCUGCCGCUGACCAAUGGGGUGACAGCGCUGCACUCUGCGCCUCCACAGAAAAGCCUCCCCGACCUCCCACCGCCAAAGAUGAUCCUGGAAAAGACGCAGUCGCCAAAAGCGGAUCCUGUGGAGGGUUACUACGAGGAGGCCGAGCCUUACGACGCCUCAGCCAUGGAGGACGGAGAAGCUGUCAGCAGUUCAUAUGAGUCAUAUGAUGAAGAAGAACAUGCCCGGGGAAAGUCUGCUGCACACCAGCACCAAUGGCCAUCAACGGAGGCUUCCAUCGAGCUGAUGAAGGACGCCCUGAUCUGUGCUUUCCUCUGGAGGAAGAAGUGGCUGGGACAAUGGGCAAAGCAGCUGUGUGUCAUCAAGGACAAUCGACUACAGUGUUAUAAAAGCUCCAAGGAGCAGAGUCCUCAGCUGGACAUCAGCUUACUCGGCUGUUCUGUGACCCACAAAGAAAAACAAGUCCGAAAACAGGAGCACAAGCUGAAGAUCACUCCGACUAAUGGCGAUGUGAUCGUCCUGGGGAUGCAGAGCAGGGAGCAGGCUCUGCAGUGGCUGAAGGUUAUCCAGGACAUCACUGGGAUGCAGAGUGAGUCCGUCCUGGAGAGUCCACUGAUCACAGCCGACAAUCAGAGACCCGUCCACAUCAAAGUACAAAGUGGGGAACUAACGGACAGACACUCUGCAGCCUCAGAAAGUGGGAGCAGCACAGAUGGACCCCCCGAGACCCACGAGGUCAAAGAAGUGAAGAAGAAAGGUUCGUCUGGCCUAAAACUCAGCAACCUGAUGAAUCUGGGAAGAAAGAAGUCCGCAUCUAUGGAGAGCCCAGAGAAGACGCUGGAGACCUCCAAUUACCUGAACGUCUUAAUAAACAGUCACUGGAAAUCUCGCUAUUGUUGCAUUAAGGACGGACAGCUUCAUUUUUACCAAGACAGGAACAAGAAUAAAGUUGCAAUACAGCCAGUGUCCCUAAUAGGAUGCGACAUCAUUCCUCAGCCAUCUCCAGACCACCUGUACUCCUUCCGCAUCCUGCAUAAUGGGGACGAGCUCGCCACCCUAGAGGCAAAGUCCUCGGAGGACAUGGGUCACUGGCUGGGGCUUCUCUUGUCCGAAUCUGGCUCAAAAUCAGAUCCAGAGGAGUUUAGCUAUGACUAUGUGGACGCGGAGCGCGUCUCCUGCAUCGUUAGCGCAGCCAAGAACUCCUUCUUCUUAAUGCAGAGAAAAUACUCGGAGCCGAACACGUACAUCGACAAUCCGCGCAAUGGGAGGAGUCAGCAGGACGACCUGUACGAUGAUGUCGACGUGUCCGAUACAAUGGAAGAAGAGCCCAGGGCCGAGGUGCAGCCUGGAGUGGAGAACACUUAUCUGGACCUGUUACCUGCAAAAUACUGUGUGCACGAUACAGCCAUGAAAAUAGCGAGCGAGACCCCGACACCCUCACCCACUCCAGAGGGGGCCAACAACAAGGAACCGGAGCUGAAACCAAGCAAAGACCCAGAGGCGGCAGGUCCUGCACCAGAGGAUGUUAAUCACCGUGCAGCAGAAGCGACCCCGGAUCUGCAGGUAACAAACAGUGCCGUGUCCAGUCCGCUGCUGGGAAAAUGCAAGGUGGAGAGAAGCAAAGUGUCCAGUCCAGCCAUUGAAACCAAACUGGGGAAGAACCGCACCGAGGCCGAAGCCAGAAGAUUCACAGAGGUGAAAGAGAAGCUGGAGAGAGAGAGGGAGGAGAUCCGCCUGCAGCUGGCGCAACUCCGCAAGGAAAGGCGCGAGCUGAAAGAAAGCAUUGCCACCUGCACAGAUAAGAACCUUCUUCCCGUCCUGGAGGAAAAGCUGAAGAGCAAAGAGGAAGAAUGUAAACUGCGCGAGAACCAGAGGGUGGAUCUGGAGCUGCAGAUCGUGGAGGUGAAGGAGAACCUGAGGAAGGCAGAGCAGGGGCCCGUCACCCUGGGGACAGCAGUGGAGCCCGCCCACCUGGACAGCCCCUGCGGUGUUAGGGGUAACAGCGCGGCCCACAUCCUGGAGUCACCCGUGAACGCCGCCUUCGCACUGAAGAGCCGCCCGCUGUCCAUCAUGACCACUGGGAAAGGCACUGUCCUGCAGAAAGCUAAGGAGUGGGAAAAAAAAGGCGCGAGCUAGAGCGGCCGCCGGACGUCUUACGGGACUGAGAGACGACAUUUUAUUUAUCAGAUGUCAGGACUUUAUCCCCCGCAGGACAGAGGGCCCGAAGCCUGACUCCUAUGACUUACAUCUAUGGGGGCCACCACUUCUUAUGUUGCACAUGACAAUACCCUGGGUGACCACCAGGUGGCAGUAGAAGCGACGCCUCUGCCCGUCUGACUGGGCCAUAUCGGAUGUAAUUCAUGCAGAGCGGCGGAGCUUCCCUCGAAGUCGCCCUCACUCUGGAGCCGCACCGCGGGCAGGAACGGGCCUCAAUUAAUAUAUUAUCAGUUUUAGUAAUUAACUCCUUGCUGUCUGUAACAAACUGAGAACUGCAGCUUCGAUGACGAGGGAUGUAGAAAGAGAACUCUAGGGCGCAGGGGUGGAGGUGAGCAGCGGCGCCCCACAUCAGGAAACGUACUUGUCACAUAACGGGGAUGUUACAGAAGAAAACGGCAUAAAGACGACAAUCACAUGAAACGCGUCAGGCAUUAAGGGGUGGAGUCUCCUGCUGCCAUAAGGGCGGCGGCGGUGAGCGCGGGGCAGUGUCAUGAAUCGCCGUUCUUGGGGCUUAAAGAUGGAAAGUAUUUUAUAAUGAAACAUAAACCUGAAAUGUGA